CAAAAACAAUAGCCGACACCGAUCUGCACAUGUUCUGGUCUUGGCUUAUUUGUGUUCAAUAAUCGUGAGAAAAUGGCAAAAUUUAGACCAAGAGUUAAAGGAAAGGGGAAAAGAUGGCAGAAAGGUCAUAGUUCGAGCUCAAAUCCAGAAACUAAGAAGUUUCGAGAUGCCGCUAGAUCCCGAUUUUUCCAAGAGAACUUAGUAAAUGAUAGCAAACUUACAUCCGAUGCUCUACGCAAACAUGAUGCGUUCAUGGGAACAAAACCAGAGGAAAUUGAAGUGGAUGAGGAAGAGAGUGAAGUCGGAGGCUCAGUGGCAGGAAAGUCUUUUAAGACUUUCCAAACGUUUGCCAGUGACUGGAGCUCAUGUUCGAAUGUUUCAUUUUCCAAUUUCCUGAAACGUUUCACAGCUAAUUCAGCAUUGCACAAGGAGAUGCUUGCUGUUCUUGCUGCAAUCACGGAAGUUAUUAAAAGCAAUGGUGGUACAGAAACUUCAACAGAGUAUUUUGCAGCCCUGAUGACUACUCUCGGGGUUACUGAAUCUGAGGAUUCAUUAGGUGCUGUUUUAACAUUGCUGGGAAUGGGCAUCAAAAGUGUGCCCCAAAGUGUCCUCCGAAAAAAAUUCUCUGAAGCAUCCAAAACAUUCAUGGACCUCUUAGAGCGCUUUGCUGAUUCAGAAAACCAAGUUAUAAUGCGAUCAGUUUUGGGGUGCCUCAGUGUACUAAUGCGUAGUCAGGAAGCAGCUGUGUGGAAGAACUCCUCAACUGUUCAAGUACUUGAUUCUAUAUUAGCCUUCACUACUCACUCCAAACCAAAGAUCCGCAAAGCUGCACAGCAUGCAGUAUGUGCAAUUCUGAAGUCCCUCUGUGAUUCUGCUAAAGGAGAAGGUCACCCUGCAGCACCACAUGUUGCAAAGUUUUGUGUCCGAUCUCUUGAAAAUUCUGUUGGUUCAGUAGCAUCUCAAACAACUUUGCUUCACACACUCUACCUAGUCAAAGAAACAAUUGCAACUUUCCCUAAGCAAAAUCUAAAGACACUUUGUGAAACAGUUUUGAAAGUCAUGACCCUGAACAAUGUCUUGGUGAACUCAUGUGGAAUGCAAGCAUUACAUUCACUGUUUGCUGCACGACCAUCUGCCACUAUUUUGCCAUCUUCUCUGAAUGCACAGCUCAUUUCAGCAUUGUACGAUUAUCAGCCACCAGUCUCUGAUGCUCAGCCAACCCUGGCUUGGUUGGCUGUAAUGCAGGAAGCUCACAUAAAUUUGGCGCUGCAAGAUUUGCCAAUGUGUUGUGGGCAUUUACCUCGACUAUUCACAACGGUGUCUCAGAUGUGGCUAUCUGACAAGGCUGAUGUUCUCAGUAACACAACACAUACACUUUCAGCCGUCAUAAGUGACUGUCUCAAACUGGCAGCUGCUCCUGAUGUCGUUGAGCGCCAUACCGCCACUUUAUCCAAGGUUUUUAAUGUCCUUCAGGAGGGCCUGAAAUACCAGUACCACAGCGCCUGGAAACAUGUCAUUUACCUACUGGGAUCAUUUUUUGAGCACUGUGGUGCAACAUGUGAAAAUAUCAUCCUUCCCUGCCUUACAGCUUUGGGUGAAUUGCAAGAUUCAUACCAAUUUGCCUGUGUGCAUGAAGUUGAUCAUGCAUUGGGGAAGGCAGUUACAGCUAUGGGACCUAAAGCUGUUCUAAAAGCUAUUCCUCUGCAGGUUACGGGAGCUGAAGUGAAUAAUCAAAUCAAACGCAGCUGGCUCUUACCUAUCUUGAGAGAAUCUAUUCGCAACACCGAACUUGGGUUUUUCAUAGAAUACUUUUUACCUUUAGCAACAAUCAGCUGGAGGAAAAGUAAAGAACUUUCUUCUCAAGGAAGAAAGGCAGAAUCAGUGAUUUAUGAGCUUUUCCAAGCUCAAACAUGGUCCUUGCUGCCUAGCUUUUGCAAUCAUCCCACAGACAUCAAGGACUCCUUCAAAAAUAUUGCCAAAGUUUUGGGUACUGUCAUUAGUGACCGUAAAGAUUUACGUCUGUCAGUGAUGAGUGCUCUUCGUAAACUCAUUAUUUGCACUCAAGAGUCAGAACCAUCACCCAAAAAGGAAGAAGAUUUAAAGGAAUUAGCUCGAUUUGCUAAAAACUACGUGCCCAUUCUCUUUAAUCUUUAUACAACCAAAGCAAAUGGUUCUGAAGAGGAGGGUCAUCGUCUAGCUGCUUAUGAAACUAUCAAGGUUUACUUGUCCAUAGCAGAUUCCACUCUUCAAAAUGAUCUAUUUGAAAGAGCUUUCCAAAAGUUGAAGGGAGAAGAGGUUGAUAAAUUCAUCAGAGAAUCUGUUAUGGAUCUUCUCAGAGUUCUUGUUCCCUACCAAGGUCCAGAUAAUAUUGCUAUAUUGUACAAUCUUAUCAAAGAAGGCAUUGCAGAAACCAAAAACAAUCGUUACCAGAAGAAAUCAUACAGGCUGUUGGAAGUGCUUUGCUCAUCUCCGUCAGAUAUUUGCAUUGCAUUCCAAAAUGAACAUCUUCAAGAUGUGCAGAAGCUGUUACUUAAGUCACUGUCAUCAUCUGCCACCACCAGUCGUGGGGCACGACUACGCUGUCUGAUACACCUAGUUCGUCGACUUCCAGCCAAGAAAGCUAACAUUUUAAAGGAGAUUGUUCCUGAAGCUGUUUUAUGUGUAAAAGACAUCAAUGAACGUUGCAGGCAGUCUGCUUUUGCACUUCUUCAUGAGCUUGGAUUGGCCAUGUUUAGAUGGAAAGAAGAAAAACUAGAUAAUGAUGAUGAUGAGGAAGACAUGUCUGAACGAGAUCACACAGUUAUUAAAGAUUUCUUAGCACUCAUCUUAGCAGGUCUUGCUGGCUCUCCUCAAAUGACAAGUGCAACACUCCUAGCGCUUGCUGAUGUUACUCAUCACUUUAAAUCUCAAUUCCCUGAUGAUCUUCUGCAGCUUUUACUAGAAAAUGUUUGUUUGUUAGCCACUUCACCAACCCGUGAGGUUGCUGGAUCUGCUAUUAGUUACUUGAAACAAUUUGUUUACUCUUUUCCUGCAACUACCGUUGGACCAUAUGUCCCUGCUAUUAUGAAAGCUUUUGUUACAAUGACUGAUGAUUGUAAGAGACAUUUUCGGAGAGAAACUCAGCAUAUGCUAGAUAGAAUGAUGCGUAAAUAUGGCUGUGAUGCUAUUGAGAGACAAGUGCCUGGAGAUGAUGAAAUCAUGUUGAAGCGUGUGCGUAAUCUUAGGAAACUUCAUGCUAGAAAGCAGAGGGUGCGGGAGGAACGUCUUAAGAACAAAUUGGCAGUUGAAGACAGUGAUGAUGAAGAAUUUUCAGUCAAAGCUCGUGCCAAGAGCAUUGAAGAAAUUCUCGCUGAAAGUGAUGAUGAAUUAGAUCUUGAGAAAAAAGAAUCUACCUCCAAGGGAGCAAAGAAAAAGUCACAAACUUGGAUCAAAGAAGAACCAGGAGAUAUUAUGGAUCUGGCUGAUACAAUGGCUGCUAGUAAAAUUAGUGCCUCCAAACCAAGCACUAGUACUGCUAAUGGAAUGGCUUUUGAAAAGUCUUCAAAGAAAGAUAAAAAUCGUGGCUUUAAAACUGCGCCUGAUGGUCGGCUUAUCAUUGCUGACAAUGAUAAUGACAGCAGUGAUGAGGAAGGUAAAAGGAAAAUAAAGGGUAGUAAACGAAUCCCUACCGUCUCUGAUUCUGAAUCAGAUGAUGAUAAUGAUCAAGAUAAUGACGGUGAUGCAAUGAGCUCAAGGAGUGGUCCUACGGUGAAAGGACGCAAAAGAAAACUAAGUGCUAAUACAGAUGCUCGCAGCACAACUACUGCAGGUCCUAGUGCUAAAUACCAAGCUGGUGGAUCUGGUAUCCAUAGGCCUACAAGCACAGCUAUGAGUGUAAAGAGUGGAGCAAGUGGUAAGACAGCAGCAACCGGAAAGUCUUCUGCAUCCAAUGCAUUUGGCUCGGAAUACCGCUCAAAGAAGGCAAAGGGUGAUGUGAAGAAGAAGGGUGCUCCAGAUCCUUAUGCAUAUGUUCCUCUAAAUAGAGCUCUAUUAAACAAAAGGAAAAAACUAAAGCAAGCAGGGCAGUUUAAAGGCCUUGUUCGAGCGGCAAGAAAGGGUGCUGCAGCCGGACGUGUUGCUAAGACCCGUGUCUCCCGUAAAUAAUAUGUCAAAAAUUCAUAUUUUUCUUUCUGUGAAUGCCCAAGGAAAUGUCACUCGUGAUCUUUUUGAUUUUAUGACUUAGAGGCAGCUGGCUGUCAUAUUAAAGAACUUUUCUUGAGAUUUAA